AUGGGGGCGGUGCAGAUCCAAUCUGGCGAUGCACGACAUCAAUCCUUGCAGCAGUGGGCUCAUCACAGAGGAACUGAGCUGAGAGGCCCAUCAGUGAUGAUACAAUUAGGAGCAAAAAAUCCCAAGGGCCCAGUAUCCAACCUAGCCCAUGGGACGGAGGCAGUGCCGCCGCUCGAAAGAAUCCAAGCAUAUGUUGCUGCAUAUCACACAAGCAUAUGGAUUAAACCUUGGUCUUGGCAACCGAUGGCUGAUAAAACCAUGCAUCGGGUGUCAAUGUGCAUUCAAGCUCAUACAGGCUUGCAUGGCAUGGCGGAGGGAGUGGUGAGCGCGUUGAUUCUGAAGCUCGGGGAUGCGCUCUUGAGUGAGGUUGUAGAGCUUGCAGGGUCAUUCUUUGGUGUGGAGGGAUAUGCUCUGAAGGGCCUAUUCUGCGAGAUACGGCAGGUCAAGAGUGAGCUGGAGAGUAUUCAGGCUUUCUUGCACGCUGCCGAGAGCUUCAGAGACACUGAUGAGACCACUGCUGCAUUUGUUAGGCAAAUCAGGAUUCUUUCCUUCAACAUUGAAGAUGUCGUCGAUGAGUUCACCUACGAGUUGGCGGACGAUGCUAGAGGUAUGCUUCUCUUCAAGGCAAUCAGGAGGGUGAGGCAAAUCAAGAUAUGGUACCGGUUGGCAGGCCGUCUCCGAGAUAUCAAGGCUGAUCUCAGGAGUGCUGCUGAAAGAAGGGGAAGAUAUGAUCUGAAGGGCAUUCAGAGAGGUGCAAGGCUGCCAGGAAGAAAUGGCUCAACUUGGAGUUGUUUAAGAUACACUUCCUUUGAAGCAGAGGAUGAUCCUGUGGGGAUUGAGGAGGAAAAAAAUUUCUUAAUGAAAUGGGUCCAUGAUAAGGAUCGACGAAACUUGAUUGCAGCUGUGUGGGGCAUGGGUGGCAUAGGCAAGACAACACUUGCUCAUCAUGUUUAUAGUUCUGUCAAGGAUAAUUUUGACAUUUGUGCUUGGGUUACAGUAUCACAAAGCUCUGAAGCUGAUGACCUGAUGAGGAAAAUAGUUGAGGAGUUCCGCAAGAACGACCGGACAAAGAAGUUUCCCAAGGAUGUUGAUGUAACAGACUGUAGAAGCCUAGUGAAGGCGAUCUGCUGUUACCUCGAGCACAAAAGAGAUGCUUUUCUUCAUGGCAAGGGCCGGAUACUGUUUACAUCAAGGAUUUAUGAGGUAGCAUCACUAGCAUCAGAAUCAAACAUAAUAAAUUUGCAGCCACUCGGAGAAGAUGAUGCACUCGAUCUAUUCUGUAGAGAGGCAUUUCAAAAGGAAGAGAAGAGGAUUUGCCCACCAGAGUUAUCAGAUUCGGCGGGCAUGUUUGUAACGAAUUGCAAUGGCUUGCCAAUUGCUAUCAAAUGCAUUGGGAGAUUGUUAUCACUCCGAAGCACAUGUUUCUCUGAGUGGGAGAAAGUGUACAAAGAUAUGAAGAAGCAGCUCACCGACAACCCCGUCAUGGAUAUGCACGUAAUCCUGAAGGUUAGUUUGGAAGAUCUGCCACAUAGUGUUAGAAGUUGUUUUCUGUAUUGUUGCAUGUUCCCAGAGAAAUAUGUGAUGCAGAGAAAAUCUCUAGUAAGACUUUGGGUUGCAGAAGGGUUUGUUGAAGAGAGUGAACAUAAGACACUCGAGGAGGUGGCUGAGGAUUAUCUGACCGAACUGAUCCACCGGUGUCUAUUGUUGGUAGUCAAGAGAAAUGACUCUGGAUGUGUAUAUGAAGUUCAAAUGCACGACAUCUUUCGUGUUUUAGCUCGUUCCAAGGCACGUGAAGAGAACUUUUGCGGUGUCUAUAACCCCUUGAAAAUUCAUACCAUCAGAGAAGCACGACGUGUAUCAAAUGAAACAGGGGAUAUUGCUCUGCUGGCACAGAAUGCUCCGCAUCUCCGUUCAUUGCUUGUCUUCCACAGUUCUUUUAGCUUCAUUUCACUCCGUUCACUAGCAAUGAGCAACAAGUUGUUGUGUGUUCUGAACCUGCAAGAUAGUUCAAUUAAGUGUCUUCCAGCAGAGGUAUUUGGCUUGCGUAAUCUGCGGUUUCUUGGCCUUAGGCGAACAAAAGUCUCAAGUCUUCCAGGAUCCAUCGGAAGACUAAAAAAUUUGCUGGUGUUGGAUGCCUGGAAGUGUGAAAUAAUGAAGCUACCAUCGCAAGUUAUGAAGCUCAGUAAGUUGACACAUCUUAUUGUGACUUCCAAGCAUGUUGGACCAUCAUUGCAGUUUGUUCCUUCUGUUGGUGUACCAGCUCCUGCUGGUAUAUGCUCUUUGACUAGCCUGCAGACACUUCUACAGAUGGAAGCUAGUGCUGAAAUGGUCCGUGCCAUGGGUGCUCUUGUGGAGUUGAGAACAUUCCAUAUCAGCAAAGUGCAAGGUUCCCAUUGUGAAGAUCUGUUCAAGGGUAUUGGCAGAAUGAUUCAUCUUACCCGUCUCGGAAUCCAGGCAGAUGAUAAUCAGGAAAUUUCGCAUCUCAAAGCAUUUCAGGCACCUCCCUUGCUUCAGAAGCUUUUCUUGCUUGGUGCACUAUCCAAGGAAUCCCUGCCUAAUUUCUUCACAGCACUUAGUAAACUGAAGAACCUUAAAUUUCUGAGGCUUGUUGGCUCACAGCUUAACAACGGCGCUUUUCUGUAUCUUAAGGGAUUGGAGCAUCUAGUUAAGCUUCAACUUUAUCAUGCGUAUGCUGGUGAUAAGUUGUACUUUCCCGCAGCAUCAUUUCCGAAGCUCAGGGUACUGAAAAUACGAGGUGGACCAUAUCUCACUGAAAUAGAGAUAGUAAGAGGCGCCAUGGCGAGCUUAGUUGAUCUUAAGCUCCUGCUCUGCCCACAGCUGAAGAUGCUACCAGAUGGUAUUGAACAUGUGAGGACUCUUGAAGAACUGACUUUGGAUGUGGGAGAAGAACUAGUUGACAGGGUUUGGCAGAAGAAAGAGAGGAAGAUUUUGCAUAUCCAACGAGUUUAUGUUGGGCCUCAGAGCUUACCGAUGAAAAACAAGAAGGAGAACAAGAACAAGAACAAGAGCCUCUGGCAGAUGGUGGCCUUGGUUCCAAACUUGAAGUAUCUCAAGACCCAGGGAUCUAUUAGAGAACUACCAAGUCCACCGAGUAGGAGUGAUCUCAGUUGCGGUGUCUCAUAUUCUCUAGUGAUCUUUCACAAGCUCUGUUUGGUCUCAUCCCAUCUCUAA